AUGCCUCCAUUUCGCAAUUUACUCGGUCGGAAGACUCAGCCGAGCGAACCCGCUGGUUUCAACGAGAACUAUCUCUCUCCGAAUACCCCCACGCCGAUACCAACCCGCAACAGCCAGGAUGGGGAACCCACUGAGUAUCAAUUGAGUGUGGUGAAUGACAGUGGUGUAUAUCUUCCACCGUCUCCCCCCGAGAGACCAGGUUUCUGGCGUCGAUACCCUGGCUCCACCAAAUCGUCCAACCAUCGAGACCUAGUGGACGAGAAUGAGCCAUUCUCUAUAUCUCGGGAGUCCUUCGACUCCUACCGCCGAUCAUUUGAUAUUUCCGCCCGCUCCCCCAUCAUCCACCCCGAUGCCGGCCCCACUCGGACAUCACUUGAUUCUCGCUUCUCUCGGUUAAACUCGUCAUCGGGUGCGCAAUCCAACUGUUUCAGCAAGUCCGACACCAUGGAAGAAGAAGCCUUCGAGGAUGUGGGCUUGAAUGACGAGACAAAGCCCAAGAAGAAGGGAUUCCUCGCUCGGUUUGGUGACUCAGGCGAUGCUCAACAAUCCACGGGCAACAAGUCCGGCACAUCGACCUUCGGGUUUCACAUUCCAGGCAGGAAGCGCGGCCAGAGUGGUGGCGGGUCUGAGCUAGGCUCUAUGAAGUCUCCUGCCGCUAUUACUCACGAGCAGUCUCCGCUCGAACGACCCCAUUACUUUUUAUUUCAGUUAUUAAGCCUACUGAAAUUUUCUUUUAUAAUGGCUGGAGUGAAGCGUGCCGUCGACGGCAGUGAGGAGCGCAAUGGCAAGCGGAGCAAGACCAAGGAAGUCUCCGCCUCCAAGUCCAAGUCUGCGCCCGUGAAGAAGUCCAGCUCUGGAUCCAAGAAGGACUCGAAGAAGGAAUCUAAGUCCAGCAAGAGCGACAAGAAGAAGCCCUCUAAGAAGGUCCAGAGGGAGGAUUCCGAGUCUGAGGACGACUUUGACAUCGACGACGUUUCCGACGAAGACCUCGAUGCCCUUGAUGCUAUCUCCGAGGAGGAUGUUGAGAUGGAUGAUAUGAGCGAUGAGGAGGAAGAGAAGCCUUCCAAGUCCGAGGAGAGAGAGCAGAAGGAUGCACCACAGAAGAACCCCAACAGCAAUGCCUCUCGCGAAUCUCACGCCAAGCAAAAAGCGCUUCAGCAAGAGCGCAAGGCCGCCAAGCCCAACGCCGAUACCAUCGCCCGCUCCAUGAAGCUGUGGGAGCAGCUGCGCCGCAAAUCCCACGUGCCGCUUGAGCAGAGAAAGAAGCUUAUCAAGGAGCUUUUCGAGAUCAUCACCAACCGCGUCCGCGACUUCGUGUUCAAGCACGACUCCGUUCGUGUCAUUCAGACCGCUCUCAAGUACGGAAACCUCGAGCAGCGCAAGCAGAUUGCGCAUGAGUUGAAGGGCAGCUACAAGGAACUGGCUCAGAGCCGAUACGCCAAGUUCUUAGUCGGAAAAUUGAUCGUUCACGGCGACAACGAGACCCGCGAUUUGAUCAUCCCAGAGUUCUACGGCCACGUCAAGCGUCUCAUCCGUCACCCCGAGGGUUCAUGGAUUCUCGACGACAUCUACCGCACAGUUGCUACUAAGGCUCAGAAGGACAGACUUCUUCGUGAGUGGUACGGACCCGAGUUUGUGAUCUUCCAGGAUGAAAACGACACCACUUCCGAUCUGCCCAAGAUCCUCGAAGCCCACCCCGAGAAGCGCGGACCCAUCAUGAACUACCUGCGCGAGCUCAUCAACCACCUGGUGCAGAAGAAGAGCACCGGUUUCACCAUGCUCCACGACGCCAUGUUGCAAUACUUCCUCAGCACAAAGCCCGGCAGCAACGAAGCCAACGAAUUCAUCGAACUCCUCAAGAGCGACGAAGAGGGUGAUCUGGUCAAGAACUUGGCUUUCACCACCUCCGGCUCGCGCGUCAUGGCCCUGACCUUCGCAUACGCCAACGCCAAGGACCGCAAGCUCCUUCUCCGAUUCUACCGUGACACCGUCAAGGUCAUGGCCGGCGAUUUGAACGGCCACCAGGUCAUCCUCGCCGCGUACGAGGUCAUCGACGACACAAAGCUCAGCGCCAAAUCAUUCUUCCCCGAGCUCCUUAACCAGAACGAGGGAGCCGAGGCCCGCAACGAGGAACUCUGCUUCCAGGUCAACGACCUGACGGCCCGUAUCCCCGUCCUCUACCCCUUCGCCGGUGACCGCGUCAAGUGGCUGCUACCAGAAGUCACCCAGAAAGUCCUCGAAGAGGUCCGUGAAGUCCGCAAGGAAACCUCCAAGAAAGACCCCGCCGUCCGCCGCGAGGAACUCAUCAAGGCCGCCUCUCCCACCGUGCUCGAAUUCAUCGCUGCCCGCGCCGAGACCCUCCUAGAGACAACCUUCGGUUGCCAAUUCCUCUCAGAAGUCCUCUUCGAAGCCGACGGUGACAAGACCGCCGCUCUCGAGGCCGUCGCCGCCGCCGCCAAGUCUCAAACCGAAGCCCGGGACACAGCCCACGCCGGCCGUCUCCUCAAGUCGCUUGUUCAAGGUGGCCGCUUCAACCCAGCUACCAAGUCCGUGGAGAAGGUCGAGCCCGCACUCAACUUCCAUGGUCUGUUGUACGCUCAGAUCAAGGACGAAGUAAUGGAUUGGGCGACAGGUGCCAACCCCUUCGUCAUUGUUGCUCUGGCUGAAUCGGACGACUUCGAGAAGAAGGCUGAGCUCCUGAAGACUUUGAAGAAGAACAAGAAGGCGCUGGAGCAGGCCUCGGCGUCUGGUAAGGAGGAUAAGGAUGGGAAGAAGAAGCCCAGCCCUACUAGCAGUGGUGCUAAGCUGCUUCUUGAGAAGAUUUGA